AUGGUUUCAUUCAAGAAAGUUCUGACGCUGCUGUCCAUCGGCGCCGCGAGCGCGCUACCAGCGGCUGACAGCAAUGGUCGACUUUCGGAUUUGAUGCUCGAUAAGAGAGACCUCUUAGACUCAAGAGCAGUCUGCAAAGCCAAUGAUCCCAACUACCAAGCCUUCAAGAAAAACAAAGCCAAUGGUUCCGCGUUCUGCUCGAACUACAUUCAAAGCACCGUGUCAACUACCAUCACCCCCGUAGUUCGCAGUACCUCAACGAGAGUUACAGCCAUCACGACUACUCGAAUCGGUAUAAAGACCAUCCGAACGACCACCUUUCUCGUGACUGUCACUACUGCGACAAAGACCGAUUUGACCACAGUAACUCUGACAAGCACUGCCCUUGUUACUGAUCUCACAACAAAGACGCUCACGAACACGGCGACGAGUAGAGUUACAAAUACAAAGGCAGUUCAGGUGGCUGUGACGGAUGUUGAGCAGGUGACUCAGAGGUUUACGACUGGGUUUACUACGACUGUUACUGUCGAUGCUGAUGUUACGUUGACAACUGAUGUAACCAACGCUGCUACAGUUGAUGCUCUGACGACAGUGCCUACCACAAUUUUCACUUUAGCACCAACUCCUACGGUGUAUGUUCCUGAAGCGGAGGUUCACUGCAAAGUCAUUGGUAAUGCAGAUGACACCAACUAUUGGAGUGGAGGAUCCGGUCGGUCAAUCGGAAAUCCCAGCUUUAGCGUAUGCCGAGACUUUUGCUCGAGCGAUUCGGAAGCCGUCAGCUUCGGUUUCAACUCGGUCGAGUGCGACUGCUAUAAUGGCACAGUGAGUGCUGCGGUUUCACCAGACGCUUCAUCUCCCUGGACAUUCUACGACAUGCUAUGUGGCUCCGCCAAUCAGCCUUCGCCCUCUAAACGAGCCGUAAAGACGGCUCAGGUUCAAAUACCCGAUUAUCUACCUAGCAAAGCUCCUAGCGCCGUGAGCAGCGCGUGUUCAUGCCUCAUCGCCAGUCCCUCUGCCCCCACGACCACCACCUUCACCGCCAAAGCCUCCAGGACCAUCACAACUACCCAGACCAAAACGAAUACCUUCUCUGUCAACAAGCUCAAGACCACGGUCUUUCUGGACCGAAAGACUAGCACAUCUAUCAGCUCUAGAAAGACCACGAAAACAGGUUCGCAGACAGUGACUCAAACGAAUCGAAAGAGCUCCACAGUCACGAAACCUGUUACUGUCACGGUUACAAACUUCAACACUGUCUUGGUGACUAAUACUAAUGUUGUAGAUGCUACGAACUACAAUACGGUCUUUGUUACAAAUGUUGAUACAGUGGCUGAGACGGAUUAUAACACUGUUAUUGUCACGAAUGCGGAGGGUUUCACUGUUACCCAGUAUUACACCACUGUGCAGACUGAUGUGGCCACAAGUGUGAUUACACCGGAUGCAUAUACUACGACCAGUGGAACAACAACUAUCUGGGGUUCUUAA